AUGGAAGGAGAAGCCAAAGGUGUUGUGCAAAAUCUGAUAAAUAGUGGGAGCUUGAUGCGCAACUACUCCACAGUUUUGAGUAUAAUCUUGCGUCUUAGACAGAUUUGUGACGACCUUUCUCUCUGUCCUCCAGAGUUAAGAUCUUUUACCACCUCCACAUCUAUCGAAGAUGUGACUGGUAGGCCAGAGCUACUGCAAAAGCUUGUUGCAGUAUUGCAAGAUGGCGAAGAUUUUGACUGUCCAAUUUGCAUUUCGCCACCAAAAGACAUCAUCAUCACUCGAUGUGCUCACAUCUUCUGCAGAGCUUGUAUUCUUCAAGCCCUUCAAAGGAGUAAACCCUUGUGCCCUCUUUGCCGUGGCUCUCUUACCCAAUCUGACCUCUACAAUGCUCCGCCUCCUCCUCCGGAGGCUUCCAAUACUGAUGAAGAAGACACCAACUCUUCAACCAAAUCCUCAAAGGUCUCGGCUUUACUAUCGCUUCUCAUGGCAUCAAGACAAGAAGACCCCAACACAAAGUCCGUUGUGUUCUCUCAAUUCAGGAAGAUGCUGCUUCUACUGGAAAUCCCGCUGAAGUCUGCAGGUUUCACCAUCUUACGCUUGGAUGGGGCAAUGACUGUGAGUAAACGUACCCAAGUCAUUAAAGAUUUUGGGAAUUCGGAGUUAACCGGACCUGUAGUGUUGCUUGCGAGCCUCAAGGCCUCUGGUGCUGGCAUAAACCUAACUGCAGCCUCGAGGGUUUACUUGUUGGAGCCGUGGUGGAACCCUGCAGUUGAAGAGCAGGCAAUGGAUAGGAUUCAUAGGAUUGGGCAGAGGCAGGAGGUUAAAAUGAUAAGGAUGAUUGCUAGAAACAGUAUCGAAGAGAGGGUCCUCGAGCUUCAGCAGAAGAAGAAGAAUCUGGCGAACGAAGCUUUUAAAAGAAGGCAGAGGAAAGAUCAAAGAGAGGUUAACGUUGAAGACGUGGUUGCUCUCAUGUCUCUAUAA